CCUUCCAGCUCUGCGUACAGCUUUCCAGCUCGUCCUUUACAUCUCCCUUUCACAGUGCCGUCGUGUUUAUCCCUCCCGCCCCCCGCGUCGACCGCAUUCGCAUCCGCCCGUUACUCCACCACUGUUACAUACUCGCGCAGUCUCAGACCAUAGACGCACGCUUCGUUCGUUUGGCACACGACCCCUCCUCGCCAUCAUGGGCAUCGAGAACAUAAUCGAGCCAGGGCUCAUCGCCCUCGGCUUCACCGUUGGCACCCUCGCCAACACCCGCGGUCUCUCGCUCACCAAGAUCCGCUGGCGCGAGCCCGCUCAACCGCCCUCGCCCGGCGCCCCGCCCCGGACGCUCGCCUUCUUCGGCGUCCACCUCGCCGUGCCGGACACGUCCCGGUUCCGCAACACCCUCACCUCCCGCCUGCUCUGGCAUUUCCCCUUCUUGCUUGAAAUAUGGUACUGGAACCUAGCCUACUGGACGUAUCAAGGCGCGCGCGCCUUCUCCGCCACCCACCUCUCUCCUUCCGCACCUGCGACCGCGCUCCGGCACGCGCAGCAAAUCCUCUCGCUCGAACACCUCCUCCACCUCGACAUCGAGCGCGCCGUGCAGACCUGGUGGCUCGAGCACAAGCGCGCGCCCUUCUGGAUGCUGGUCAUGCGCAAGAUCUACUACUCGCACAUCGUCCUCGGCGUCUGCUUCCUCGCCUACCUCUACACCUUCCGCGCCGACGUCUUCCCCCGCGUCCGCCGCACCAUGGCGCUCUCGAACAUCAUCGCGUUCUUCAUCAUGACCGUCUACCGCGUCUGCCCACCGCGCCUCCUCCCGGAAGAGUACGGCUUCGUGGACGUGCUCCACUCGGGCCAGCACUCCGCAUGGACAAAGAACCGAUUCCAGCUUGUGUACGCCGCGAUGCCGUCCCUCCACUUCGGCAACGCAUUCUUCGUCGGCUGCGUCCUCUACACCUUCGCCCCGCAUAGGCCAAUCCGGCUCAUCGCGCCGAUAUGGCCUGCCGCGAUGCUCACGACCAUCGUCGCUACCGCGAACCACUACCUAGCCGACGCCUUUGUCGGCAUGUGCAUACCCAUCAUCGCGUGGAGAUUCAACACGGUAAUGCUCAACCUCCGCCCUCUAGAAGAGUGGGCGAUGUACCUCACCCGGACCGAACGCCCGUUACCGCGCGACAGGCGCGUCGAGGACGGGCACGGGUACGAGGCCAUCAAGGACGAGGAGAACCAGUAUCCCGACGAGCGGGUGGAUUAGAGUCAUCCACGUCCUCGUAUUCUUUUGUCUCGGGUUCUGACGAGGCGGUAAUGGAAGGCGACGGCGGGAUGUGGCAUAGAGAAGAGAAGAAGAUACCUUACGCGCGCAUACACACACAUUCUUGGUGACGCCUAACCCAUACCAAACGCAUGGACCCGACGUUGUGUAAACUCAUCGAUCAUGACCCUCCAUCAGCAUCAAAUCCACUUUCUCUUG